AACCGUAGGCUAUAUUUCAUACACAGACAGACAACAUGGCGAUGAAGCAAGGAAGUGAUUGUAGGCCAUUUCUCUCAAUUAUAGAUAAUGGAGAAGGAGAGGGAACUCUUCAGUCAUCACAUGAACAUGAUGAAGGAAACAUCAGCAUCAAGGAGGAAGGAGAAGUUAAGGAGGAGGAGGAGGUGUGUCUAAUCUCCAUUCCAGGUUCAGAAGGAUUGAGAUAUGAGGGUCAGCUUGUAACUAAAGAUGGUCUGGUAUUCACCAUCAAACAAGAAGUUGACACAGACAUGUUUGAAUCCCUCUCAAGUGCAGAAGGACAAGACCUAUCGACUGAACGAGAAAUGAUCAAUUCCACCAUAAAGCAGGAAGACAAGGAAGAGAUAUUUAAACCUAUUACAACUCAAGGUGAAGGAGCAGGAGAAACUAAGCAAUCAAUUCCUAAAGAUGAUAGAGAGUUGGACAAUGGACAGGACAAGAUACACCAACAUACAACAGCAUGCAGUGGAGAGAAGUCCCAUCUGUGUUUACAUUGCAAUAGAGAGUUGGACAAUGGACAGGACAAGAUACACCAACAUACAACAGCAUGCAGUGGAGAGAAGUCCCAUCAGUGUUUACAUUGCAGUAAGACAUUUACUGAUGAGAUCACUCUUAUACUACAUCAGAAAACACACCAGGGCGAGUAUGAGCUCACUAGCCACCUUAGAACACAAACCGGAGAGAAAUCUUUUAAGUGUUCCCAUUGUUAUAAGAUUUUUUUUACAAAGGGUCAUCUGACUCGUCACCUUAGAACACAUACAGGAGAGAAACCUUUCAAAUGUUCCCAUUGUGAUACAGGUUUUUCACAAAGAAGUACCCUUAUUAGACAUUUAAGAACACACAGUGGUGAAAAGCCUCAUCGAUGUUCCCAUUGUGAUAAGGAUUUUUCUCAAAAAAGCACCCUUACUAGCCAUUUAAGAACACACAGUGGAGAAAAGCCUCAUCGAUGUUCUUAUUGUGAUAAGGCAUUUUCUCAACAAAGUAAUCUUACAUCUCAUGUAAGGAUGCAUACAGGAGAAAAGCCUUAUCAGUGUCCCCAUUGCGAUAAAGGAUUUUCUCUAAGUAGUUCCCUUAUAAGCCAUUUAAGAACACACAGUGGAGAAAAGCCUCAUCGAUGUUCCCAAUGUGAUAAAGGAUUUUCUCGAAAGAAUAAUCUUACUAGCCACCUUAAUACACAUGCCAGAGAGAAAGCUGUCAAGUGUUCCCAGUGUGAUAAAGGUUUUUCUAAAAGAAGUCGCCUUAUUCGCCAUUUAAGAACACACAGUGGAGAAAAGCCUCAUCGAUGUUCCCAAUGUGAUAAAGAAUUUUCUCAAAAGAAUGAUCUUACUAGCCACUUUAGAACACAUACAGGAGAGAAACCUUUUAAGUGUUCCCAUUGUGAUAAGGGUUUUUCUCAUCAAAAUAAUCUUACCUGUCAUGUAAGGACCCACACAGGAGAAAAGCCUUAUCAGUGUUCCCAAUGUGAUAAGGGUUUUUCUCGAAGUAGUACCCUUAUAAGCCAUUUAAGAACACACAGUAGAGAAAAGCCCUAUCAAUGUUCCCAGUGUGAUAAAGGUUUUUCUAAAAGAAGUCACCUUAUUGGCCAUUUAAGAACACACAGUGGAGAAAAGCCUUAUCAAUGUUCUUAUUGUGAUAAGGGAUUUUCUCAACAAAGUAAUCUUACAUCUCAUGAAAGGAUGCAUACAGGAGAAAAGCCUUAUCAGUGUACCUACUGUGAUAAAGGAUUUUCUCAAAAAAAUGAUCUAACUAGCCACUUUAGAACACAUACAGGAGAGAAACCUUUUAAGUGUUCCCAUUGUGAUAAGGCUUUUUCUCAACAAAGUAAUCUUACCUGUCAUGUAAGGACCCACACAGGAGAAACGCCUUAUCAGUGUUCCAAAUGUGAUAAGGGUUUUUCUCGAAGUAGUGCCCUUAUAAGCCAUUUCAGUUCACACAGUGAAGAAAAGCCUUAUCAAUGUUCCCAUUGUGGUAAGUGUUUUUCUCAACAAAGAUAUCUUACCUAUCAUGUAAGGACGCAUACAGGAGAAAAGCCUUAUCGAUGUUUCCAUUGUGAUAAGUGUUUUUCUCGCCAAAGUAAUCUAGGAAAGCAUCUAUGUACCCAUACUGGAGAAAAGCCUUAUCGAUGUACCUAUUGCGAUAAAGGAUUUAUUCAAAAGAAUCAUCUCACUAGCCACAUUAGAACACAUACAGGAGAGAAACCCUUGAAGUGUUCCCAGUGUGAUAAGGAUUUUUCUCAAAGAAGUCACCUUAUAAGCCAUUUGAGGACACACAGUGGAGAAAAGCCUUAUCAAUGUUCCCAUUGUGAUAAGGGAUUUUCUCAAAGAAGUCGCCUUAUUAAACAUUUUAGAACACACAAUGGAGAAUAGCCUCAUCAAUAUUACCAUUGUGAUGAGAAAGUUUCUCAAUAAGGUAAUCUUAAUCGUCAUAUUAGGACACACUCAUGUACUAGAAAGAAACCCUAAAACAUUCCUGAUUAUAUCAGAUAUUUUCUUAUAAAGGUGAUGUUACUAGCCACCUUAGAACACACACAGGAGAUAAGUGUUCCCAGUGUGAUUAAUUUUUUUCUCAACUAGGUCAUUUUAAUAAUAAUAAUAAUAAUAAUAGGCAUUUCU